UUAGAGCUGCAAGGGACGUCUGCAUCUUCCGCUCAGUCGGAAAAGCCUAGACUGGCUUCAAGUUGCAACAGAAACGUUACGUCCUCUAGCAAUUGGACACUGACCUGGCACGUAAUAUGUCCACUCCAGACCGAGAUGACUCGGUUUCACCUAUGACGGGGAAUCCCCGUACCUCUUCUCCUGUACAUACACGUCUUAACGCGCCGUCCUCUACAUCCCCGAGCGACAAUCUACCAACCGCUGCCGCAUCGGUUCAAACUCUACCACUCCCUGAUGCAUCGCCGACGCAAUCUACUUCGAGGUCAGACUCGGAACAACCAACCGACUAUCUGAAUGCGGGGCGGCCGCACGACAGCCUCUCCCCCUUCAAUAGUUCAACACCUACUUUCCUAAGCCAAGCUGCCGCCGUACGAUCCCCGUCUCCCCUCAGGAACUCCGAAGUGCAGUUACCGGACGGAGAUGCUAUAGCACAGGGGGAACCAACUUCACCUGGACGGCGUAGUGUACAGUUUGCUCGCACCGAUGUGCUGCUUGACCCUCCACGACAUGUUAGACAUGGAUCAUGGGACGAGGAGGAUGAGGAUACAAAAAACAGAUCCCGUAGCGAGAGAUGGAUUUCAAGGCUGAGGUCCACCUUGGGUAGCUCCGGUACCCUUCAGCCACCCAAGUCCCCUGGAGCUUCUGAGAACGCAUCCACCCCGGCGAAUACCUCUCCAGUUGUAGGCCGGUCUUAUCGUGUACCGGAUACUCUGGAUGAAGAGGAAGGAAGCGAUGCUGACGUGGAGGCGAGCGCCGACGAAGGCCAAGACAGGGAUGCGCCUAAGAGCAAAAGGAAGAGGAUGCGACGCCGUUUGAAGCAGUUGGAGAUGUUUACUGCUCCGAGUUCUCCGCGGAUUGAUGAUCUUGAAUCACCCAGGAUGGGCCGUUUGGGCACUAUGGUUAGACGUUCAACGAUGCCUGAGGCCGCUGAGCAUCGUGGUGGGAUGUCUGAGGGAGAAGGUCGCGACCACCUGAUCGGUCGGCGGCCUGCCUGGACGCGUGGGAGCUCGUGGAUUGGUUCCCAGCGGACUGUGCAUCCCAGUGCCGAUGAUGCUGAUCUUCCUCAGCCUCGUACACCUGGUCAUCGCCGUCGCAUUUCUGAGAUGUUUGGAGCAGGCGGCGGAGCAUCGGAUGGCGAGUGGUUGGCGACACCAAGACGACCGUUCUUAAGCGCAGAUCGAGCUGCAACUUUCAGUGCUCAGAGAUGGAGGCAGGUGAAGCAUACACUAAAAAUGCUCGGCAAGAGGAGGACAGAUCAGUUCGAUUUCUACAAGUCUGCCGAGCUCAUGGCUGAACUGCGGGCUGUGACGCCGGCUGUUGUCAUCCUCGCCAGUAUGCUGCAGAGAGAUGAGCACGGGAACAAACGCAUACCCGUCCUUCUUGAGCAGCUUAACCUACGGGUCAUCGACAGUCGUCCGGAAGAUAGUACCAGCGAGAGACAUACUAUCUUUACAAUCGCCCUGGAGUAUGGUAGUGGACUCAGUCGAAUGAGCUGGACUGUCACCCGUAGCGUUAGAGAAAUUUGGAAUAUUCACUGGAAAUACAGAUUAUCUCUGAAAAACGACAUCACGCUUCAGACUACGGUGAACCAACGGAACCGCCCUAAACAGCCUCGAUUUCCUAGAAAGGCUUUCCCCUAUUUACGCACUUACCAAAACCUUGAGGAAUCCGACGACGAAGAAAGACCGCCGGGGACUAGAGCCGAUGAUACGGUUGCUGAAGGCACCGCAGGCGAAGGAACCGCAGCUGAAAACACAGCCAGCGACAACGAUCGGCGGGUAAAUUCCAGGAAGAGAUCGCGCAUCAACACUUUCUUACCACGCCGACAAUCUACGGGACUUGGAGACAACAGGGAGUCAUCGCUUGCGGGUGGUCAGAAUUCGGCAGCACUAAAGAAGAAAUAUAUCGAGAGGCAGAGGAAAACCUUGGAGAAAUACCUACAAGAGAUGGUCCACUGGCUCAUGUUCCGUGCUGACAGUAAUCGCCUCUGCAAAUUCUUAGAGCUCUCUGCUCUUGGUGUGCGACUAGCUGCCGAAGGCAGUUUUCACGGAAAAGAAUGCUACUUGCACAUACAAUCCACGAAAGGUAUCGACUUUCGACGAGUGCUCAAUCCGUCAAAGGUCAUAGCACGGCACUCUCGAAAAUGGUUCUUGGUCCGGCAGAAUUACAUUGCUGUCGUCGAAUCGCCGGCAACUAUGAAUAUUUAUGAUGUUUAUCUUGUUGAUCCGCUUUUCCGCGUCGUAUCUAAGAAGAACAAGCUCAAACGUUUUGGGGCAAAGUUAAAGGCCGAGAAAGAUAGGGGAGACGAUGAUAAUCAUCUUACUGACGAAGAAUCCCAUGGGAAACACCACACGCUGAAGCUAUAUUCUGCAGAUCGAAAGAUCAAGCUGUUUUCCCGUAAUCAGACAGUACUUCGUCAAUUUGAAGAAUCUGUCCUUGAUAUGCUGAAGCAGACUCAAUGGCACGAGUCUCACAGGUUUGACAGCUUUGCACCUGUACGGAAGGCAGCAUUUGCUCAGUGGCUAGUCGACGGGCGUGAUUAUAUGUGGAAUGUUUCCCGUGCCAUAAGCAUGGCGCAAGAUGUCAUCUACAUUCAUGACUGGUGGUUGAGCCCCGAGUUGUAUAUGCGACGACCGGCGUGCAUUAGCCAGAAGUGGCGUCUGGAUCGGUUGCUCCAGAGGAAAGCCAGAGAAGGCGUCAAGGUAUUUAUCAUUAUCUACAGAAACGUGGAGCAAGCUAUACCUAUAGACUCGGAGUACACAAAAUUCUCGCUCCUUAACCUCCACGAUAAUAUCCUAGUUCUGAGAUCGCCGAAUCAGCUGAAAAAGAACCAAUUCUUCUAUGCCCACCACGAGAAGGUCUGCAUCGUGGACCACGAUGUGGCCUUCCUUGGAGGAAUCGAUCUUUGUUUCGGCCGCUGGGAUAACCCGCAGCACCCAAUUGCGGAUGAUCGACCAACCGGUAUGGAGCCAGACGGGGAUAGCCCCCGAGACGCAGAACAUUGUCAGCUUUUCCCUGGCAAGGAUUAUUCGAAUCCCCGUGUCCUAGACUUCUUCAAACUCAACGAACCUUAUGAAGAAAUGUACGAUAGGAGCAAGGUACCAAGGAUGCCUUGGCAUGAUAUUGCGAUGCAAGUUGUUGGCCAGCCGGCGCGUGAUCUUACUCGCCAUUUCGUACAACGAUGGAAUUACCUACGGCGUGAACGUAAACCUACUCGGCCCACCCCUUUCUUACUUCCUCCCCCCGAUGCUAACCCGGUAGACCUCGAGGCUCUUGGUCUGUCUGGAACGUGCGAAGUUCAGAUCCUGCGUUCGGCAGGCGAUUGGUCUCUAGGCUAUCCGAAAGACAUAAGGGAGCACAGUAUCCAAUCGGCAUACGUAAAGCUCAUCGAGGAAUCCGAGCACUUCGUCUAUAUGGAAAACCAAUUUUUCAUUACGAGUACCGAGACUAUGAACACUAGGGUGGUCAACCGUAUCGGGGAUGCCCUGGUCGAGCGCAUUAUUAGAGCUCAUGAGAAAGGCGAGGAAUGGCGUUGUUGCAUCUUAAUCCCUCUCAUGCCUGGUUUCCAGAAUACGGUAGACCAAGCCGAGGGCAGUAGCGUUCGUUUGAUCAUGCAAUUCCAAUACCGAAGCAUAUGUCGAGGCCCACAUUCAAUUUUUGGACGUUUACAAGCCGUUGGUAUAGAACCAGAAGAUUAUAUCUCGUUCUUUAGUUUGAGGCAAUGGGGCCGGAUCGGUGCCCAUGAUCAGAUCGUGACCGAGCAACUCUAUAUUCACGCUAAGACCAUCAUCGUGGAUGACCGUGUUGCAUUGAUCGGGUCAGCAAAUAUCAACGAACGCUCAAUGUUAGGCAACCGAGACUCUGAAGUUGCUGCUAUUGUUCGAGAUACAGAUAUGAUGUGGUCGACGAUGGCAGGAGAGACUUACCGGGUUGGCCGAUUCGCGCACACUCUCCGUAUGCGUCUGAUGAGAGAGCAUCUUGGACUGGACGUAGAUGAGAUAACAGAAGAAGAGAGGCAAGCAGAGCUCAGUGCCGAAGCCCGCUUCGAAGCCGAGAUGAACCAAUUGUAUGGAGACGAUGAUGAAAUUCCAGCUGCAGAGAGUUCAGAGCUCCCGGGGCCAAUCAAGUACCAUCGUGGGCAAAGUUUCAACCAUGACGUUCCUGCAGAAGAAGGUCCUGGCUCUGCGUCUGCCUCUUCGUCGGCGUCAUCUACUUCGUCUAGUUCAAGAAGCAACUCACCAGAUCGUGAUCCACGAGUACACGAAAAUGAAGAGCAUAUCAAGGACGUCGAGGGUUACGGGCCGGAUAACUGGAAGGCGGCGCAAGCUAAAGGAAUUGAUCGUGGAAAUGAUUCAGUUGUUAUGGACGGGCAUGAAGUCCUCCCUUAUAGAAAAAAACACUCCAAGAGUCAUAAGGCAGACGCUAAGACUAGCGGGCUGCAUCCGGAGACGUCUUCUAAGGGUUCAUCACAGGGUAACCUUGGUAAGGGGAAUGAUGAAUUGCCCCCGGUCCAGUCAGACCCGUCAGCGAGGUCUCAAUUACCACACCCCGUACAGCUUCCAGCAUUGCCGGUCUUGGAUGACACCGAUAUAGGCGGUCCUCCGAUGAGAUUAGACGAUUCGGGAAAGCCUACAAAUGAGCCCCUGCACCCUCUAGCUGCGGACAUCAUACAAGCUCGAAUUGACAAGGAGUGCAUGCGUGAUCCUGUCAACCCUGCUUUCUGGGAUGAUAUAUGGAUGAGAGUUGCCUCGAAUAAUACGAAACUGUAUCGACGGGUUUUCCGAUGUAUGCCUGAUAGCGAGGUAACCACGUGGAAGGAAUACAACGAGUUUGAAGAUUAUGCGCAGCGAUUUAAGGAUAGCAUGGUAGGACCAAGGAAUGAUGAGUCUGAGACGAGUCAGAUGAGCCACAUUGGUGGAGCAGGAGCAGGUAUCGCGGCACCAGCCGCGGCACAGGCAAUCCCCGGUGUCUCCGAAAAGCUUCAUGAUCAACACACCGAGAACAAUCCCAAAGUCGUAGUUUCUAAUGGGAGCACGGCUGUUUUGAACGAAAAGGUUCCAAUCUCAGAGGGCAACCAUUCUCCUGAAAAAGAGGGCCCUGAUGCUGGGUUGGACGCAGAGAGGGUUCGUACUAAGAAUUCUCUCGACACACCUUCGCCAGUACAAUCCACCGGAGAUACCCCAUUCCCGGCGUACGAGGGCCAGGUCGAUUCGACGUAUCUGGAAGCCCAGGGUGAGAAGCGGGAUCGACGGGCUACGUUUUCAUCGGCCGAGAAAUCCGCGCCAGAAUCUGGCAGCACCGCUACCCCUUACAACCACAAUUCGACGAGGCGCCGCCGACGAGCCACUACUAAGGGUAGCCGACGCGGGCCGACCUUCCCGUAUGAGCUCAUCAGCCGCGACGAAGCGGAGGAGCUGUGUGGGUUAAUUCAAGGAACAUUGGUGCAGUUCCCCUACGACUGGCUCGAGGCCGAGGAGAAGGAUAAUCAUUGGCUCUAUCAGGCCGACCUGUUGGCGCCCAAGGAAAUAUAUGACUAAACGACACCCUUUCCGUUCUAGACCUACAAGGGCUAUUUAUCUACUAUAAGCUCCCCGGGUAUACCAAGUGCGGAAUAAGCAUGGCGAAGGGCGGAUAGAGGAGUUAUCAUCUUUUACUUGCCUACCCUAUCCUAUAGCUUGUAAUCUGGUUGUUUCUGUGUAUUAGACUAAGCG